AUGUCGCAAUCCCCUCAGCCUGUGUACCACUCAACCCACGAGGCCUACGAUGCACUCCCAAGGGGCAACGACCCUCGCCCAGCCAAUGUAGACAGCUACUUCAAAGCGCAUCUCCAUUCAGCAAAUUAUCACCGCGCCUUAGAAACGAUCCACCGCGAUUCUCUUAGCGCAGGCCUACCAAACAUAGCCUGCUCCGCGCCGCAAGCCAAAUUUCUCAUGCUCCAAGCCCGUAUGGCCAACGCAAAGCAUAUCCUUGAGGUGGGAACAUUAGGCGGGUAUAGUGCCGCGUGGUUAGCCACGACUAGCCCGGACACGAAAGUGACUACGAUCGAACUCGAGAGUCGCUACGCGGCAGUCGCGCGCCAGAACUUGAUCAAAGCUGGGUUAAGCGAGAGGGUUGAGAUCUUGCAGGGCUCAGGUCGUACUGUUUUGACGGAAAUUGAGAACCAGGUGCGUAGGGGCGAGCGGCAGAAAUUCGAUUUCGUGUUUAUUGACGCGAAUAAACCGGACAAUUUGGCUUAUUUCAAUGCCGCUCUGAGUAUUACCAAGGAGAGGGCGGUGAUUGUUGUUGAUAACGUUGUGAGAAAUGGGACGGUCGUAUCUGAGGAGGCAGCAGAGACAGAUGACCGGGUUAGGGGAACGAGAGAACUGAUUGAGGCCAUUGGAAAGAUGGAAGGGGUUGAGGCGACGGCGAUUCAGACCGUGGGAGAAAAGAACUACGACGGGUUUCUGGUUGCAAUGAAGGAUUAG